AUGUCCUUCAUCGCAGUCAAACUUCUCAAACUUGGCUUCUCCGAGGCCAAGAAGCACCGCGCCAAAAAACAAGCCCAACAAUUCCAGGAUCCUUCCGUCUACCCCGAAUACCCCCAACCCUACCCAAUGACCGAAUACCCCCGGGUCAAAGGCUCCAAAGUAAUGGGCAUGGUCAUCUCCGCCCUCCGCUUCUUCCAAUUCGUCUUCGGUCUCGCAGUGAUAGGCCUCUACGGCCAAGACGUGCACCAUGACAAAGCCAAGGAUACCUGGCACGCCAGAUGGGUCUUCGCGCUCAUCGUCGGCUUCCUAGCAACUAGCACUGCGGCUAUUUAUAUGAUUGUUCCGUUCCUGACGAAGAAGGUCAAUUAUAGACCUAGCGCGAAAUUGCAGCUGCCGCGCUUUGCUUGGGAGUUUGUGCUUUGUGUGCUUUGGUUGACGCUUUUCGGUAUCUUUGGGAAGCUAUACAUUGGGAUUUAUGUUUCGGACUCGAGUUCGGAAUCGGGUAAGAGGGACACGACUACAUCUUCGACUACCACUACAAGCGAGUUGGGAGAUGCGAGCAAAAUUAAUCGCAUGCGACACGCGGUGUGGGUUGAUCUAACUAAUCUGGUGUUCUGGGCUGUUACUGCUUCUUGGGCUUUGCUGAAGUGGUUGAAGGCGAGACGGGAAAAUGGACCGGUUGUUUUUGAUGCUGAGAAGGAGGCUGGGAGUAUCUGA